AUGGAUCCUCGUUUCAACAAUUUCAAAUUCAACCAAACCCCCAACUCAAUCGACACAGAAGAUCACACUUUCGGAUUCAUAGACGAUCUUUUUCUUCUUCCACCACCUGAUCCAACCAACACUUCAAUCUCCGCCAUAACCACCGCAGAAGAAGAUUCACCUCUGGAUGACACCGAAUUCUCUGCUACUGUUCUGCGUUACAUAAACCAAAUGCUCAUGGAAGAAGACAUGGAGAAGAAACCAUGUAUGUUUCAUGAUCCAUUGGCUCUACAAGCUGCUGAGAAAUCCUUCUAUGAAGUCAUUGGUGAGACAUACCCUUCUUCUUCUUCUUCUGCUUCUAUUCGAAAUCUUCACAAUGUGGAGAGUCCUGAUUGUGGUACCACCACUAGUACUAGUGGUACUAGUAGUAGUUCUGUUGAGUUUGAAUCGCAUUGGAGGAAUUUUGAUGCUGCUGAGUACAAGCCUUCCAUAUUGCGAACCAGUUUUCCUUCUGAUUUUGUUUUUCAAGCUAGUUCUAUGGAUGGAUUUCCUGAUGAUAAAUUGCUGAGUAAGAGUGAGUCUGUAUUGCAAUUUGAGAGGGGUGUGGAGGAAGCUAAUAAGUUUCUUCCUAAAGUGAAUCCCUUGGUUAUUGACUUGGGCAAGAAGAACCCUUUUAUUCAUUCGUUUAGGACGGUUCCGGAGGAGGUGGUAGUUAAGACAGAGAGUAAUGAAGGGGAACAUUUUUCUGCUGAGGCGAGGGGGAGGAAGAAUCACGAGCGGGGAGAUGAAACGGAUUUACAAGACGAGAGAAGUAAUAAGCAGUCAGCUGUUUACAUUGAUGACAGUGAGCUAUCGGAGUUAUUUGAUAAGGUGCUGCUGGGCACAGGGUGCGGGAAGGAGGGAGCUAGUAAGGAAGCGAAGGCUAAUGGACUAGACACGAGUUUGCAGCAGAAAGAAGAAGCAAAUAAUUCUGGUGGUGGAAAGGGUCGUGGUAAGAAACAAGGUAAUAAGAAAGGUGUUGUGGAUCUGAGAACAAUGUUGAUUAUGUGUGCACAAUCGGUUUCUUCUGAUGAUCGUGUGACUGCUAAGGAGUUGUUAAAGCAGAUAAGGCAACAUUCUUCUCCACUUGGUGAUGGAUCUCAGAGGCUGGCUCAUUGCUUUGCAAAUGCCCUCGAGGCUCGCUUGUCUGGCACAGGCACUCAGAUUUAUACUGCUUCAUACUCCAAAAGAAACUCUUCCGCUGACAUGGUGAAAGCUUACCAAAUGUUUAUUUCAGCCUGUCCAUUCAAGAAGCUUGCAAUCAUUUUUGCAAACCAUACAAUUUUGAAUCUAGCCAAGGAAGUUGAGACUCUUCACAUUGUAGAUUUUGGCAUCCGUUACGGCUUCCAAUGGCCUGCCCUUAUUUAUCGUCUAUCAAAACGGCCUGGUGGGCCUCCUAAGCUGCGCUUGACAGGGAUAGAGCUUCCUCAACCUGGUUUCAGGCCUGCAGAGAGAGUUCAGGAGACAGGGCUUCGUCUCGCAAGGUAUUGUGAACGUUUUAAUGUUCCAUUUGAGUUCAAUGCUAUUGCACAAAAAUGGGAAACCAUCAAAAUUGAGGACUUGAAGAUACAGAAAAAUGAACUUCUCGUUGCGAAUUGUAUAUGUCGGUUUAAACAUCUACUUGAUGAGACCGUUGUGCUGAAUAGUCCCAGGGAUACUGUUUUAAAAUUAAUUAGGAACUCAAAACCCAAUAUCUUUAUACAUACUACUGUCAAUGGGAGCUAUAAUGCUCCGUUCUUCGUGACACGGUUCAAGGAGGCUCUUUUCCAUUACUCUACAAUGUUUGAUGUGCUUGACAUCAAUGUUGCUAGUGAAGAUCCAAUGAGGUUGAUGUAUGAGAAAGAGUUCUAUGGGCGGGAGGUAAUGAAUACUAUAGCUUGUGAAGGUUCUGAGAGGGUCGAGAGGCCAGAGAUAUACAAGCAAUGGCAGGUUCGGAACAUAAGGGCUGGAUUUAGGCAACUGCCUUUGGAUAAACAACUCAUCAACAAGUUAAGAUGCAAGUUGAAAGAUGUGUACCAUAGUGAUUUCAUGCUUGUUGAAGAUGGAAACAGCAUGCUGCAAGGUUGGAAGGGCCGAAUAGUUUAUGCUUCCUCCUGUUGGGUGCCUGCAUAG